UCUCUCUCUCUCUCUCUCUUCUCGAUAUCGUACACCUCUCCUUCUCAAACAAAUCCCUCCUCUCCUUUCAUCUCCACCGUCCAUCAUCGUCCUCCUCAAUGGCCCACCCUCCAGCAAACCCACCGCUUCCCAUCUCGACCCCACAAACCCUCCCCACUUCCCAAACUACCCCUUCUACCGCUCCACCCUCCACCAUCACCACCACCCCAGCCUUCCGUGCCUUCCUCUCCCACCUCUCCUCCACCGUCCGUCAAUCCCUCUCCCUCCGCCGGCCCUGGUCAGAGCUUCUCGAUCGCUCCGCCUUCUCCCGUCCCUCCUCCCUCUCUGAAGCCACCUCCCGCCUCCGCAAAAACGCCUCCUACUUCCGCGUUAAUUACGCAAUUGGCCUCGCAUCCGUCCUCGCCCUUUCCCUCCUCUCCCACCCUAUUUCCCUCCUCACCCUCCUCGUCCUCCUCGCCGCCUGGCUCUUCCUCUACCUCUUCCGACCGUCCGAUCCCCCUCUCGUCCUCUUCGGCCGCACUUUCUCCGAUCGCGAGACCCUCGCUGGCCUUGUCGGCCUCACCAUCAUCGUCGUCUUCCUCACCUCCGUCGGGUCUCUCCUCAUCUCCGCCCUCCUCGCCGGCGUGGCGAUCGUUUCCGCCCAUGGCGCCUUCCGCGUCCCUGAAGAUCUCUUCCUUGACGACCAGGAGCCUGCCGCCACUGGCCUCCUCUCCUUCCUUGGCGCAUCUGUUCCCCCCGUUGCUACCCGCGUCUGAUCCCACGGACGGUAUUUUCCCCAUCGCUGCCUUCUUUUUUCAUUCUAUCCUUUUAGGGUUUCGAUCGGAAACUUAUAGUUCCAGAUCCGAUCUUUUCUUUUUCUUUUUUCCCAUUGUAUGUUUGAUUUUACGGAUGGUGGAUCUUGGUUGCUUAAUUUUGAGCACUGGACCUUUGGAUGUUAUAAUGGAUCUACAGUUAUAAUUCGUUAUACAGAUGAAUGAGUUUAUAUGAUUCAAUU